UUGCCAAUGGAUGAACUGGUGCAUGACUUGGCCUCAGCCUUAGAGCAGACUUCAGAACAGAACAAGCUGGAUGAGCUGUGGGGAGAGAUGGCCCUAAGCCCACGGCAGCAGCGGCGUCAGCUUCGCAAGAGACGGGGGCGUAAACGGCGCUCAGACUUCACACAUCAGGCAGAGCAUGCCUGCUGCUACAGCGAGGCCUCGGAGUCAAGCUUGGACGAGGCUGUCAAGGAUUGCCGUGAGGUGCUGACAGCCAAUUUCAGUGACUCUGAUGACAUGGCAGUGGUCAAACGACACCCAGCUCUCAGUGCCACCCUGAGGAGCAAGCAACACUCGUGGCAUGAGUCAGACUCCUUUACAGAGAACGCACCCUGUCGACCUCUCAGGCGCCGACGGAAAGUCAAACGUGUGACAUCUGAGGUGGCUGCCAGUCUCCAGCAAAAGCUCAGGGUGUCAGAGUGGAGCUAUGAGAGGGGCUGCAGGUUCAAGUCAGCUAAGAAACAGCGCCUUUCACGCUGGAAAGAAAAUGCGCCUUGGGCAUCAUCCAGUCACGGCCUUUGUGAAUCGGGAGAGAACAGGCCCUUCCUCAGCAAAGGGGGGAGGAAGGAGCGGAUGGAGUGUGAAGCUGAUGAGCAGAAACAGGGCUCAGAUGAAAACAUGUCGGAAUGUGAAACCAGCAGUGUAUGCAGCAGCAGUGAUACUGGCCUGUUUACCAAUGAUGAGGGCCGCCAAGGAGAUGAUGAGCAAAGUGAUUGGUUUUAUGAAGGAGAAUGUGUUCCAGGAUUCACUGUCCCCAGCCUUCUUCCCAAGUGGGGAGCCGACCACCGAUCUGAACUGGAGCGGAUUGAUUCGGGCCUGGACAAGCUCUCAGAUUCCACGUUCCUUUUGCCUUCAAGGCCAGCUCAGAGAGGAUUUCACGCUCGCCUGAAUCGCCUUCCGGGAGCUGCUGCCCGUUGUCUCCGAAAAGGUCGGAGGAGGCUUGUUGGCAAGGAGACCUCCAUGAGCACUCUGAGCACCGAGAGGCUAGGUCAGAUUGUUAGUGAUCCGCGCCAGAAAGAAAAGAACAAAGUACCAGCUUCUGACUUUCCACACAGUGUGGCCCGUACACAUGAG